UUCUAACACUACUGUACGUUUUAUGAGGCAAGGUGUACAUUCGGACAUCCCACCCUCCUGCUACGGUACAGAAAUAAUUGUCAGUGACCAUCAGUUCAUUUCCUGACUCUUCCGAGUGUUGGUGAUGGCACCUGACAUUGAGCACGACCACGGAUCGACUUAAAACAGAACAAGCUAUGCUAGUUUUUCCUGUUCUAUUCAAGAGGAAGAGGCGCUCUGGCUGCUUUAUAUUAACGAUGAUGAUCAAUUUCGAACAAGGAGGGCCACAUUCUGUAACAGAGACAAUAUGCGGAACAUCUAUUACAUUCUUUCAUGAGCUCAUGUUCAGUCGCUUGUACUGUGCAGUGAUAUUGUUGGUCUUGACUCGUCCGCCACUGGCGAGAUUCACGGGCCGUUCCACUUCCAGAAUAUAACUGGAAUGGAAAUUGAAAACAAGGGGGAGCCUUCAUUAAAUGAAAUGGAGGCAUUUGAAAGACAGAUUCAGACUUUGGAAAAUCAGAAAAAAGAGCUUUUGGAGAUAAACAAACAAUGGGAUCGUGAAUUCAGGAAUAUGAAGGCAUUGUAUGAACUAAAGAUGAAGGAAAAGUUCACCAAAUAUCAGCAGUCACUGAGUGCCCUGGAGAAGGAACUGGAUCAGAGGCAGAGGGAUUUUGAUAAGAAGCUGCUGCUGGCCAAAGCCAGACUUGAAACAGCAGAAGAAGAAAAACAGGCACUAAAUGCAAAAUUGCUUGAAGCUGAAGAACAAAACAAACAGUUAAAACAAUGUCACUCUUCAACAAGCAAACGGCAGGAAUAUUAUGAGCAUGAAAUUGCUUAUUUGAAUAAGGCUUUGUCUGAAGCUUUAAGAGAGCAUAAUACUUUUUGCAUGCCGCACAGUUUUGAUAGAACAGAGACAACAGGAAAAUCUCGUCCUGAAGAACUGACAACACAGAUUGAGGUGCUAAAGCAACAGGUGCAGAUAUUUGAAGAAGACUUCCACAGAGAAAGGUGUGAUCGGGAGAGAAUGAAUGAAGAAAAAGAAGAACUGAAGAAAAAAACUGAACAGCUACAAACAAAACUCACAUUACUUAACGCACGGCUUAAAACUUAUGAAGAAGAUUUCUUAAAAGAAAGAAAAGAAAAGGACUUACUGGGGAAGAAAUUAAAGAAGCAGGCCCGGGAGCUUACCCAGGCACCUGCAACCCCUUGCCUGCCAGUUACCUAUGCACCCUGUGCACCGUGCGUUAAUUAUGGACAUGCCCCUUUCGGAAUUCCCAUUCACUAUCCAGGCCCAGCAAUUCUAACAGCACAGUCAGCAAACAGAGGUUAUCAGCAUCCUUUGGCAGAAUAUCCCUGGUAUGUUCCAUACACCAAUCAGCCCUCAUCAGGUCAGCAAAACCGUCAAAACUGCAGAUCAAAAGAUGUUACCUCAGCAAAAAGAAAUCCAGAAUAGCAACUUACAGAAUAAAAUCAUUGCUGUGACUGUUUGUCGAUGUUUUAAAACAACACUAGAUCUUUGCUAAUUAUUGCUCUGAUGUAGUUGCCCUAAGUUAAUGCACAUUGUUGGCUUCUUAUUCUAAGAGAAACACGUUAAAGAAUAAUACAGAAGCUUGCCUCCAUUGAUUGUUUCAACAACAGUAAUAGUUUAUAUUUGCAGUUUAAUGUACUAAAAACCCCCAAGGUCUUUUACGAGCAUUGUAAGAGAAAGUUUGGCAUGCAGCUAUAUUCAGACAUAUUAAGGAAAGCAACCUUGCAGGCUGCCCAGCAUGUCCUUGAUGCAAACAACACAUUUCACUGUAUGUUUCGAUGAACAUGUGACAAAUAAAGCUAAUCUUUAAAUAAAGAAGCAGAGAUCUAUGGAGGGAAUCAGUUAGUAAACUGAUACUGUGGCCUUCAAUGGUUGGAGUAAUAAAAAUCGAGUUGAUUCUGAACUAGAAAGCACUGAACUUACUUUGCACAUUCUUGUUUUUCAUUUUGUUAAGCUACUUCAGGUUGUAGUUGUGCCUUUAGCUCUGUAAGCUGUGAGCUCUGAAAUUUCCUCUCAUCGCCUUUUCGGGUUCCCUGCCUCAAUGGAUAUCUUACAUGAUUCUCUGUGGUCACCCAUCAAGAUGUUUCCUUCUUUGGCUUAGUAUCAAUUCUAGCUUUCUUGAAUUCUUGUGAAGAGGAUCACAAUGCUUUGCGUUGUUGCAGGUACCGCAGAAAUGCUGUUGUUGGUCUGCCCCUUUCUAGCACUUCAGCACAAAACUUAGGCUAUCACUAGGGUGCAGUAUAUGAAGGAAUGAAUAGAAUCAUAGAAUGAUCCAGUGUGGAGACAGACCCUUUGAGCCUGAGACCUCAAACAGCCAUAUACGGUAUAUUAAUCAUGUAGAGAUCCUGCUUUAUAGCCCUCCCCCCAUGUUUCCAUCAAUGUCCCUAGAUUCUGCCAUUCAUACAGUAGGGAUAGGUUAGAGAACCCAAUUAACUUAACAAUUCACACAUCUUUAGGAUGGGGAAGGAAACCUCUGCAUCUAGGGGAAGUCCAUGUUGUUUCAGAGAAAACAUGCAAACUCUACUCAGGCAGCACUAGAGUUUGGAAUCAAACUGUGAGGUAGCAGCUACGUUUCUGUGCUGCCAUAAUGCAAUAUUGUUGUUUAUGAAAUUCUUUUAAUGUGGUAUCCAACUGAUUUCUAGUUCUAGUGGUCAGUGACCUAGUUGCUUCUGAAACAUUAGUUGGUGUCUAGGCCAUUGUCUCUCCUGAGACUAACAGCAGCUAGACAAGAUUAACUGGCCAAUCAUCUCAAUAUUUGCAGGACUUGGCUGAGUACAAAAUGCCUGUCCAAUUGUCUGCAAUAUGAUCUGCAAGUAAAUCUGUUCAUUAUGUUAUGUUUUUUUAGAUCUUUUGAGGGGCAUGGGACCGUACUUAUAAACACUGCUGUUGCUCAAAUGGUGAUUUGUUCUGUACUGCAUGUCUCAGGUGCUAAAUGUUCGUUUUUCCUGAAAUUUACAUGAACUGUUGGGCACGUGGCCAAGUGGUUAAGGCUUUUGUCUAGUGAUCUGAAGGUCGCUCGUUCGAGCCUCAGCUAUGGCAACGUGUUUGUGUCCUUGAGCAAGGCACUUAAUCAUACAUUGCUCUAGUGUCUGUGCGAGGAGUAGCACCCCACACAGACUUCCAAUCUGCGCCUUGUAAGGCAUGAAAAUGCCCGAUGCAGGCCUCUCAUGGUCUGAGUCGACGUUCCCCCCCUCCCUCCCCUUACAUGAACUGGAGAUAUGGCUGGGAUAUUUAAGUUGGCCAUAUCAAAAUGUUUAAAAUACCUUGAAGUAGUGCCUCCCAGUGGGAGAGGUAGUGUGGAUAAUUCAUAUCUUAAACCUGUGGCUACUCAGAUUUCUUUUUUUUUUGCACCUGUAUCAUUUUGUGUACAAUAAAUUUGAGGUAAAAACUAAUCUCACCUUUUCACUGUUGAUGAUUCUCCACCUGAGAUGUGUAAUUCUCCACACAAAAAGGGUAUUAAGUAGUACUGGCUGAGUUGGGGAUGGGAGUAAUGGGAUUAAUAUUGUGGCUAAAACAGCCAAUUUUCUCUUUAAGGAGCAGAAGCAACAGAAACUAUAGCAAAUCUCCAAUAACUCCAGGGGAAUUUCUGUGGACAAAUAACUGAGAUUUGUGUAGUUACAUACAAAUUAGAGACAUAAUUCCAGUGCCAGUCCUGAGAUUAAAAACUUAGUUUUGUAUUUCCAAACAUAUGUAAAUCAGAAAAUUUCUCUCAGUAUUCAUUAUGGAUACUGGUGCAUGAAAACAUUUAAUUUUCAUUUGCUUAUAGAAUAACUAUUGCUAAGUUAAUAUUUUGUAUCAGUCUAUUAUGAAAUGUUUGUGUAAAUAUUAAAUGUAGAACCCUUUGUAACAUAUUGUGACUGUUAAAUCAAAUGUUUUUGGAUAAAAAAGGA